AAGAAUAUCCUCCAGACAGUCACCUUCAUAAUCCUUCUCUUACUUUCCAAUCUCUUGAAAAGCAAUGGCAGAUGCAGUUCUCUCCGGCAUUACUGUUGAAAUCAUUAAGAAACUGGGUUCACUAGUUCAUCAAAAGACCAAGCUGUACCUGGGUGUCAAAGAGGAGCUUGAGAAACUUCGGAGGACAGUUUCAACUAUCCAAGCUGUGCUUCUUGAUGCAGAGGAACAGUAUUGGCAGAGUCAUCAAGUGAAAGAUUGGGUUGAUUCACUCAAAGAAGCAUUUUAUGAUGCUGAUGACUUGUUAGAUGAGUUCUCCACAGAUGUUUUAUUGAAGCAGAUGAUGAUCGGUGAUAGAAUGGUGAAGGAGGUAGGAUUCUUCUUUUCAAGCUCAAACCCAUUUGCUUAUGGCCUUAAAAUGGCUUAUAAGAUUGAAAAAAUUAGAAAUAAAUUAGAUGAGAUUGCUGCAAAUAGGAGGUUUCACUUAAAUGAGCGCAAUGAGAUCCCAACUCCUAGGGUUGAGGAAAGAGAGCAAACUCACUCAUCUUUGCCUCAAGGAGUUGUUGGUAGAGAAGACGAUAAUGAGAAAAUUAUUGAUUUUCUUCUGGAUUCUAGUUAUGAGGAGAAUGUGUCAAUCAUUUCCAUUGUUGGUAUAGGAGGUCAAGGAAAGACAACACUUGCUCAACUUGCAUUUAACGAUGAAAAGGUGAAAUCAAACUUUGAGCUCAAAAUGUGGGUGCAUGUUUCUGAAAAAUUUGAUGUAAAAGAAAUUGUUGAAAAGAUCUUGGAAUCUCCUUAUGUUGGGAAACAUGGAAAUCUAAAUACAUUGAAAGAUAUUCUUCAUGAGAAAAUUAAUAGAAAAAAGUAUUUACUUGUUUUGGAUGAUUUAUGGAAUCAGGAUUCCGAGAAAUGGUUUAAGUUGAAGGAUUUGUUAGCUGGAGGUGCAAGUGGAAGCAAAAUAAUAGUGACUGCACGCUAUCAAAUGGUUUCCGAGAUUAUAAGAUCAGAAGAAACACAUUACUUAGAAGGCCUACCUGUUGAUGAGUCGUGGUCCUUACUUAAGAAAAUGGCCUUUAAACCAGGGCAAGUGCCUAGCUUACAACAUGAGAAAGUUGGAAGAGAAAUUGUUGAAAUGUGUGGGAGAGUCCCUUUAGCCAUAAGUGUAAUAGGACGUGUGUUGUAUUUUACAAAUACAAUAGAUGAGUGGCAACUGUUGAAAGCAAAAGGGUUUUCAAAUUUGAAUGAAGGGGAGAAUAAGAUUAUGCAAACUCUCAAGUUGAGUUAUACCCAUUUACCUUCUCAUUUGAAGCGUUGUUUUGCUUAUUAUAGUUUACUUCCGAAAGGUUUUCAAAUUGAUGUAACCUAUUUGGUGAGUCUUUGGAUGGCACAAGGAUUUAUUAAAUCUUCGGAUUUAACACGAAGUCUUAGAGAUAAAGGUUUAGAAUAUUUGAAAGAUCUUGUAUGGAGGUCAUUCUUUCAAAUCGUAGAAAAAGAUGAUUUGGGCAAUGUAAUAUUUGUGGAAAUGCAUGAUUUGAUGUAUGAUCUUGCCAAGCUAGUAGCCAAAGAGGAAAACGUUUCAUUAAAUUCAGAUGCAAAUCGUUUUGAAGGAGUUCGACAUUUGUUGAUUGAUUCUGAUGUUGAGUCAUGGCGUAAAGUUACAGAGCGUUUACCUAGUGCAACAAAGUUAAGAUCGUUUAUAUCAUGGUCAACAAAGCAAGAUGAAGAAGAAUGCCAUGAAAUAUUUUCCCAGUUAAGUUGUGUAAGGGUAUUGAUUUUGUGGGGUAUGAGAUUUGAGAGACUGCCACCUUCUAUUGUCAAAUUGAUUCACAUAAGGUUCCUUGAUCUUUCUUAUAGUGAGGGCAUUGAGAUCCUUCCGGAUUCCAUAAUUAAACUUCAAAACCUGCACAUUCUGAUCCUAAUAGACUGCAAAAGGCUUAAGCAGUUGCCUAAGCAUAUCAAAAAGUUAGUCAAUCUCCAGCGGCUUAACCUUGGUGGAUGUGUUGCUUUGACUCAUAUGCCACUAGGGAUUGGUCAAUUGACUUCCCUUGAGCGUUUAUCAAUGUUCAUGGUGGCAAAAGAUAACAGUAUUCACAAACGUAGUGGUGGACUCAGUGAAUUGCGUUACUUGAAUAAUUUGAGAGAAGAUCUAGAGAUUUUGAAUCUUCUGUAUGUGAAAAAUCCAGCAUCUGAAUUUGAGGCUGCCAAUUUGAAAGAGAAGCAACACCUUCCAUCCUUGAAAUUAGCAUGGAAACUGGGUGAGCCCUAUGAAGAUGAUGACAGUGAUGCUGAAAACGACCGAGAAAUAUCAUUAGAAGAGCUGCACCCGCACUUUAAUCUGAAAGGGUUGAGGGUGUAUGGUAGUGGAAGACUAGUAUUUCCUAGUUGGAUUUCUUCCCUCACUAAUUUGGUGGAGCUUGUACUUGAUAACUGCAUAAGAUGCCAACAUUUUCCACCCUUGGAUCAAUUCCCUUCACUUAAAACUCUGUGCAUUCGUGAUUUCACUGAUCUGGAGUAUAUAGAGAGUGAGAUUAAUUGUGAUAGUGCAUUAUUCUUCCCAUCUCUGGAGAAACUCUGGCUCUUCAAUUGCCCAAAUCUGAAGGGAUGGAGAAGUCAUACAUCCACAUCUCAGUCGCUACAAUUUCACUGUCUUCUUUAUUUGGAAGUCAAAUCUUGCCCUAACCUCACUACAAUGCCUCUCAUUCCAUCUGUCCAAGAAUUGGCGUUGACAAAUGCCAGCAAGAAGUCAUUGGAGGACAUACUGAAGAUGAACAUUUCAGUAUCCCCAUCUACCUCUUCGUGUUCUUCGGUUUCCCCUUCUGAAUUGCAACUGUUGCAUAUCGAGGGAAUUGAGGAUCUAGAACUUUUGCCAGAGGAGUUGCUGACAAAUCUCACAUCAGUCCAACGUCUUGAUAUUCGAUAUUGUCCACGACUAACAAAGGUGUCUUCUGCUUUGCGGCAUCUGGCCUCCCUUGAGACUCUUGUAUUUGUGGCUUGUGAGGAGCUUGAUUUACUUUAUUUAGAGGAUCAUAGUGACAUGCCAUGGCAAUGCCUUGGAAGACUCCAACGGCUUGCAUUUUCCAAUUUGACCAAAUUGGCAUCAGUCCCAAAGGGACUUCAACAUCUUCCUACUCUAAGUAGGCUCACAAUCACAAGUUGUCCUAAUUUGACAUCUUUACCAGAUUGGAUAAAAAGCAUCACUGGAUUACAAUAUUUCUGCAUUUUAGAAUGUCCUCAAAUAUCAGAAAGAUGCAAAAACAACAUGGGUGCUGAUUGGCCCAAGAUUGCUCACAUCCCAAAUAUUAUCAUUGACAAAAUAUGGAUUCAAGAGGAUGGCUGCUAUAAACUAUGAUCAGAAGAAUCAGAUUUUUCUCCUGGUUGACAGAUAUCUUGCAAUAAUUUGUCUUAAAUGUCAAAGUUGUCCUUCAUAGAUGUUGAACUAGUGGUAUCUUGGGGCAUGCACUGCUACUGCUUCUGAACUUUUAGAUGGGAUUUGGGGUAUGUACUGUUACUGCUUCUGUACCAUCCAUAUCAGAGGGGACUGCUUGGAGCUUUUAUCACUGAAUGCAUGUUCUGGGUGAGAUCUAGCACUAGUUCAGCUUGGGUUAAGAUUGCAGUUGAAGAUAAAAUCUUCAAGCAUGCUUGAGGAAUUAGCUUUUUAUCAUUCACAUAUGCGGCAGCAUGAAAAUUAAGGAGCCAUUACCUUUUUAAGGAGAGCUGUUCAUCUAACUUAUCGGCAAUAUUUGCUAAAGUGUCUGGGCCUGAUGCGAACCUCUAAUUCUGAUUCAAGCAGAUUAAGGGUCAGAAUGAUGAAAGGUUUAGUGACGCUUACUAGCUGAGACCUGCUCAACUGAUUAUAUACAUAACAAUAAUGCAAUUUAAAUUGCACAAGGAAUGGAUCUUUCUUUUAAAAUUUAGUAUGACAGCAGGAUGUCUCAAAAGUCAGAACUGAUUUGAACUCAGUUCCUGCAACUGAAGGAAUUGAGGAUCAAGAAUUUCUGCUAGAGGACUUGCUAAUGCAACUCAAACAUGGUUUCAGCUAAAUGCAGCCAAUGGAAGUGUCUUUGGUACACAAUACGUUAUAAUUUGCAUUAAUCUAAUGCUUGCUGCUUACUUGCACAGCAGCAUGGAAAUUAAGGAUUCAUUUCCUAUUUAGUGGACAACCGAUCAUCUAAGUUAUCUCCAAUAAUUUGUUGAAGUCUGGUGCGUUUUGCAAAAUUUCAAUCUAAAAUGGAACUCAAUUGCAGUUUAGACUUUAGAGGAAACCUUGUGGGCACAACAAUCACUACAUGGCAUAUACAAUAUAACCGUCGUUCAAGGGUUUCACAAAAGCCAUUUGGAAUUUGGAAAAAGUGAAAGAGAAGCACAUCCAUCAAUCAUUAUCAGUUCUUGCAUAUGCAAAUAGUUGUAAUUACAAUCUUUUGUAAGGCAAGUACAUCCUGUUCUCUUCUUUAAAUUCCACAAGUUACCGCAUGAAUUCUUCAAAUAGUUGUAGUCUUGAAAUCACAUUGAACAUUUCACAUCUUUUUCCUAGAUUUCUUUGUAAAACUGACAAGGAUUUCUUUUUAUUUUUUUAUUAAGGUUUGACUGUAGAAAAAUUGAGUGCUAUUGUAUAUAAUGUGCCUCUUAUAUGGACUAUAGGCUGUUCUCCCUCUUAAGCUAGCUUUUGAGGUGAGUUAGGCUUCGCCCAAAUUUAACAUAGUAUCAGAGCCUCCCCAUCCGAUGUUGGGCCUCCCAUAAAUAUGUCAGACACCGGUAAAAAUUCUGGGUGUGAGGGAGUGUGUUGAAUUCCACAUCGGUUGUGGAAAGGGUAAUGUGCCCCUUAUAUGGGCUAUAGGCAGUUCUCCCCUCUUGAGCUAGCUUUUGGGGUGAGUUAGACCUGACCAAAAUUUAACAGUAUAGUUUUGUAUCAGCUAAGUUCACUGGUUGGAGAUGAGUGGACUUGAACCGCCAACAUCCAUCACAGGGUAAACCACUGCCUCUUGGGUCGGGGCUCCCGACUGAUUCUACCAUAGAAAACCCCCCGUGACUAUUCUCUGCAGCAUUCAUGUGCUCUGGACUUGAACACUAUUUAUGCAGUGGACCCUUUGUGUGAAUAAUAGAAUGAAAGAUACUCCUUUUAUUUUAUCAAUAAGAUAUCCUUCAGUUGAAAUCAACCUCAAUGCUUGCUACUCUUCUUGCAGUUACACAAGUAUGCAACUUGAAAAUGGUGGAGUCAUUAUCUGCUAUAGCACAUAGUUGAUCAGCUGGAGUUUCUUUAUAAGGAUGAAGUAUUUUCCAUGUGUUUCGGAACUUUUGUUCUUCCAUAAAAUUAUGAAAUGCCUGGUAAAUUCUUACUUUAAAUGUAUCUCAUUGUCUCUAGGCCAAAAACGAACAUUUGGUUCAAGUAGAUUUGAGGAUUAUAAUCUUGAAAGGUCUAGAAUUAUAGGAAGAAAAGCAUUUUUUCAGUUUCUUGCUUUCUAUGUAAUAGGAUACGAGGAUUAUAUAGUACAAGAUAUUAUCAAUUAUGCCUAUGAUUAUGCUAUCAAUUAUCGUUUAAAAUCAUGCUAGGAUUAUGCUAACUAUGAUAAUGUUAAUCAUUGAUUAAUUACAAUUAUGGCAGAAUAUUUUUUCCAACAAAAGACGAUGCUACAGCUCCUCUUUUUGCUUUCACAACCAGAUUAAUGGAACAUUUGGAGCUUACAUGCAAUUUAGCAUCUCACAAGUUCUUUAACUAGAAAUAAUUUUCUUUUUAUUUGAAGUAUAUAAAAUUUAUGCGCUACAUAAAAUGUUAAAUUUUAAAUUAAGUCAAAUAAAUUUGCUCUGUUGUAUAGAAGUGUAAUAAAAGACCAUUCCAAUUUCCAACCUACUAUUCAUCCAUGUUCUUAUAUACUGCUGAUUGAGAUUGCAGGCUUUUCUUGAAAAUUAUUCCUGGUUUCCUACCUUCAUUGUUUACAAAUUCAUUAUUACAGGUUCUUCCUUUGCUUUAUGAUUCAGAGAAGCUGGGAGUGGAUAUUGAGCUGAACUCUAAAAUAGUGGUCAGUGAUGGAUGCUGUUUAUUCUCAUGGGGGAUCCUUUUGAGUUUCUGUUUGGAUGGCUCUUGCAUUGGGUUGUUAAUAUGGCAGGCCACUCUUUGGUUAAGGUUGCUAUACCUAUACUAUAUUCUAGGUUUUUUCACUUAAUAUUUUAAAUUCUAGGUUGGGUGUAAUGGAAAAUCUAUCUGUCUGAGUUUAAUUUGGAUCUAAUUUGUUAAGUUUAUUUCUUGGAUAUACUUUUAACUUGAAAAAGACCAAGAUAAAUUAGUUUUGCUAGUGUUUCUUGGA